CGUCACGGUGACGUCGAAUCUGCUGAUUGGUUGUAGGGCAGGGCGGAAGUGCGUGUUACGCCCCACUGGAGGGUUGAAAACAAAACAACACGAGCAGAGACAGUCAUUUCCAGCACUAUGAUGGAUGAGCUGGUGCAGGACCUGGUGUCAGCUCUGGAACAGGCCUCAGAACCAAAUAAGCUGGGGGAGCUGUGGGAGGAAAUGGUCCUGAGUCCACUGCAGCAUCGGCGACAGAUCCGGCGCCGCAGGGGACGCAAGAGAUUUCACGAAUCCUCCCUUUAUCCAUUGUUUGCCAGAAGAUGCUGGAUUGACGCCUCUGAGUCCAGUUUAGAUGAAGCUAAAGACUACAGGGAGAACUCGUCCUUCACUUUUCCUGCGUCGGUGGCCAACUGCAGUGACUCUGACGACAUGUCCGCCACUAAGCACUGGUCAUCUCUUGUGGGGGGUUCAGUUAGGACGAGGCAGCCCUCUUGGCCGGAGUCUGACUCCUUCACCGAGAAUAAUCCGGGACGGCCGCUCAGGAGGCGGAGGAAGGUGAAGCGCAUGACGUCCGGCGUGACCUACAGGCUGCAGCAGAAACUAACGGUGUCUGAGGUGGAUCGCAAACAGAGACACAGGCCGCCUAAGGUGCAGCGACUCUCGGGAUCCAAACGGAGGUCUGGUGGCUGGAUGAAGAACGAGAGACAGAGUGAAGGAGGCAGACUACUGGGGAAGAAGUGCUGGAAACGGAAGAUGACGAAGGAGCACAGAGAUGCUGCAGAUGAGAACAUGUCUGAGGGGGAAACCAGCAGCACCUGCAGCAGUGACCCAGGCCUGUUCACCAAUGAUGAAGGAAGACAAGGCGAUGAUGAGCAGAGUGACUGGUUUUUCGAAGGGGACUGUGGAGUUGGGACGGGCGUUGCUGGCUUGCUGCCCAACUGGGACUCAGACAGCCAGCUUUCCCUGGAGGAUAGACAUGCUUCCCCGAAAUUCCUGCAAGCUUCACGGCUCUCCGACAGAGGGUAUCAUUCUCGUGUUAAACCCAGUUCAUCCGCCUGCUGCAUCAGGAGGGUCCGGAGACGACAUCCCAGGAAGGAUAACAACAUGCCAGUGUUUGUAGAAAGACUGAGACACUUCUCCCAAGAUCCUUUGCAGCGAGACUUUUGGCUUCCUUCUGUUGGAAAACGAGGACGAAGCCAGUUGAAGCCUUUCUGCCAGAUACCAGUGUGUCCCGUAGAUGUGAUGCCAGAGAGCCCUCACCUCCGAUGUUCUUCUGUCUUCAAAAACAGGCCGACUGGUGUUGCUCCAGGAUUUCUGCACACAAUGGACACCCACAGGAGGAGGGAUACGGAUGCUAGCAGCAUCUCAUCAGCAUGCGACUCCUUUCACACAGACCAUCCCAGAGAAGAGGCAAAAGGAGGAGCAAGUAACACACCCACCUUAGAAGCUGGGAGACUAAACGCUGCUCAGGUCUUCUCUUCCCCUCAGACGGACGGCUCGUCUUUACACCUGGAGGACACCUGUAUGAGGCCUGACAUGUAAAUCCUGCAGAAACUGAGAAGAAAAAACUCUUUUGUGCCAGAGAAUGUAAAAAAAAAAAAAAAAAAACUCUUUAUUACUGCACAAACUUUGGAAGAAAAGAAAAAAUACAAAGCACAUCAUUAGUCUUCAAAUCAGCAUGUUUCUCCUAGAUCAAGCCCUUCCAGGUAGUAUAUUAAGCAUGACAAAUGUUAAUGCAAUCAAGCCUUGUUAAGCACUUCGUCAUCUCGAGGAAGAAGGCAGCUUGAAGAGGCUCUUCCUUUGACGAUAGACUUCUCUGCUCCUCCUGCUUCUACAGGCUCCAGGCCACCUGCCACUACACAAUUCAACAAUUAUGUCCACUCUAGUAGCACGGCACUUGUCAGCAGGAACCUCGGGUAAGCGGUCAGCAGAGGGUCUGAGUCGUCGGGGAGUCUGCUCUAGUUUACAACAAUGGCUGUACGGCAGCUAUCUGUGCGUCGCCGAUGUUUAGCUGCCACAUGCUGCUGCAGGGCGCAGAGAGCCGACCACCGGUGGCGAGCCACACAAAAUACAGACUUUAUAUUAGCAUAGAUUUAAAAAAAAAAAAAAAAGCUACAGUUGGUACAAAGCGGCUCAUUAGCACAACAUAGAGGGAGUGUAGUUGUGGUCCUCCGAGGGUCGUCUCUGUUCUCCUCAGGUUGCCUUCUGUAUUCAGAUUUUCCCCCCAAACGUAUUUAAAGUUCAAGGCCGGCUGGAAGCGUGUUUGAACAGGCUGUUUUCAGCAGGGCCGGACGGCUUGUUUUUGGAGCGCUGGGGAGAGUGGACGGCAGCCAGCAGAGAAGGAGCUGGAGAAAACAAGAGACGAAGGUCAGGCGCACUAUUUUCACCUACCCUUGGGGUAUACAGUUCCCUGGCUCUCUUACUAUCGUGCAUUAAAAGAUCAAUGGCAGCAUACAGUGAAAUCAAACACAACAGUUUGAACCAAUCUGGCUAGGAAGCAGCAUUUUGCAGAAAAAUGUAUUUGUGUGAAAGCACUAAAAAGAGAUAAUUCAGUCAGUGUUUGCAUUAUAAGUAUAGACCAGAGGUAAAUUAAAAAUGUAGACAUAAAUGGCAUUAAAAAUAACAGAUAAUCGAAGUAUCUUUUUAAAGAGGUUGAAGUCCCACUCCAAUCAAAUUUUGACUUAUUUUAAACGUCAAUGGUCGCUUAAUUAUGAUUAUUCGAUUUUAACCAAAAUCCAAAAACUUUUUUUUUUGUUUUCUAGGACAUAGUUUCUGCAGAGCGGUAGUCAUUCUUCAGAAAUCUGCCUCUGAACCUUCUUUUGUUUCCCAUCGACCCUUUUUUUACACACUCUCCAGUUAACUUACAGCCCCUCACACCCCUAACCUAACAUUUUCAGUGCAACAAAAGUGGUGAGCAAUAUUGGAGCUAUCCAGCUGUACAGUUUUGAUCCAGAUGCCAACUCAAGUGAGAAAAAUAUAUAGACAUGUUUGUCUCCAAGUGGAAUGCUUCAAAUUACGUUUUUCGUCUGCUCCUGAUUCACAAUGAUUUGAAUAAAAAUAUAUAUUUAUAUAAUAAAAAAAAGGCUACAAGAACAUGUUAGAAAUACACAAAACACAAUUGUAAUUGGUAGGACUGGGUUGAUAAAAUAGAUUAAUCGAUCUAAGCUUAAAAGAUCAAUAACCGAUCCAUAAAAGUAGAGAUCAAACAAAUGCAAAUUUCACUGCAUUUUGCAGUACGUGAACUGUAUGAGAUUAUUAUGAAUCUAUUCAAAACAUAUAUAAAUUAUUUAUGUGUUUCUAAACAAAUGUGUCUAAAUGUGUAAACUGUAUAAAUUCAAAAUUUAUUAAAUCGAAUUCAAUUGAGAAGUUCGAAAGAAUAGAAAAAAAUUGGAAUCGAAUCGAUCUAGGCUCUGGUGAAUCGAAUCAGUUCUGGAAAUUAUUGGCGAUACCCAGCCCUAUUUGGAGUGGGUCUUUGGUUUCAUUUUGAGGUCCCUCAUAGCAGGUAUUUUUAGACACUUUAAAGAGAAGAAGCACAUUUAAUGAAAUGCGAUUUACCAAUUAAUGUGAGCUAUAUGUCUGCUGUAAUUCACCUGAGAAAGCUUUAUGUGAUCACGUAGCUUAAAGAUGGCAUUUAUAAAUGCUGUGUGUGCACACCAGUCUAAACGUAUGCCUCACACAAGACAGGCAGCCACAGAGAUCAGUCUUUAGUGUUGAGGCCAAAAGCAUCCCCCCACCCCCACCCCUUGUUACUGGACCACAAAUGUACAUUGAUUAGGAAAAAUCACAGACGCCGGGGUUCAUUAUAUGGGAAGAAAAAAGUAGUUGAGGAGUAAAUUGAUAGAUUUUAGGAGAUAUACGCCCCUGAACCUGUCGACAAAUAUUGACUGUGUAGUGCUUUAAAGAUAGCUUUGUGCUGCUGCCUCAUCUGACAGCGCGCGUUUUGGUGCCAGGGCACUGACACAAGCGGAAGACGAAUCUGUUGGCAUACAGUUUCUUUAGCUGCGGGAGAGAAAAACCUCACUUGCCACGAUGGUAAUUAGCAGCGACCAUAACACCGCAGUCACCAAAAUGAAUUUCCAAUAGCGAGGAAAUGGGGCAGUGGCAUCCGUGGGGCCAGUCAAUUGUCCUGUUACAGUUAAGGAAUCCGGCAGGCUGGUACCACUCAUAUUUCAUCCCAGGUAAAGAUUACCUGUCAGGCCCAUGGGAGAUGUAUUGAUCUAUUUUCCUUUUUCUGCCAGCAAUCACCUGACAAAGGCACCUAGGAGGUGAGUGAAUGAGUGAUGCCUGGUCUGUCUGCUCCAGCCUGGUGGCUUCUAGUGUCCACUGAUGGGUGGAGAGGGGAUGAGGAGAGAUAACACAGUCAUAAACUCUGCUUGAACUGCCUCAGCGUGCAUGCAGGGCGCCCCCUCCUUUGAGCCCCGGGUCACAGGUCAGCGGGGAAUUCGUUUUUCGGCUUCUUCCACGACGUUCCUGCUGUGAUUGAAAGCAGAUGCAAAAAGGUGGAAAUGGUUCUUGUUGACAAAUGCUUGCUGUGGUUAUUCAUAAUUGUUCACUCUGAAUUUAAAAGAACUGAUGUAAAUUCUUUUUUUUUAAUCCAACUUGCCCCCACUACUUUAAAUUCCUUAUUUCAGCGGCAGCUAAAAGAUAAGCCUUGUUAAGUGGAAUGUCUAUAUAUAACCCAUGACUUCAUAUUUGUAAAGUGAUUGCAAUUAUAAAAUCUGUUGUGUUUCUGAUGUGGUAAUUAUAGAUCCAUUAAUUUAGGAUUUAGAUCUGGGUACAUUUACCCAAUGAAUGAACUGACAAGAUAGAUAGUACAGUAGAUAUGUCUUUUUAAUUUUUUUACUAUCACAUUUUUAAAUUUCAUUUACAGGGAUUUAAAUAAAUCUCUGUGAUAUCGUGACUCCAAGGCAGCUAUCCCGUUUGAUACGUUGUACAAAUAGCAUCUUAUCUGUUAAGGCUGUUAUCUUUAUGCUAAAUGGCAGGGGAAGCAUGCCUAAUUGCUUUGCAAAUGAUCUCAAGAGGAUUACUCCUCCCUUAGAAAGCCUGCACCGUGUCACCAAAUGUCAGGGAGACGUUACAAUUGCUGAAUCGGCUCGAACCUGCAGGCCGGUGUUUUUAUGUAGCAGCUCUCUGUUCUGGGAUCAGCAGCGUUAUAUAGACAUAGGUUCCAGCAACAGAGACAAUUCUGCUUUAAUAAAUUAUUUAUGUGUUUUUAUGAAGUUAAAAGAUGGAUUUUUAAAGAUGCCUUCAUGUGACAAGUCUAUGAUGUCAGAAGUAUUAAAAACAGUAUCUAUAAACUUGAAAUGUUUCAUUUGUGUACAAUAAAUGAGUUUGUCAUCAUGUGA